AUGAGGCUGCCAGGGCAGAUCAGGGCUGCUGGGGACUUUGAGCACGGGGGUCUAAUCAUUGUCCCACUGCCUGGAGAGAUCUGUGUUCCCAGGUCACUGACUCACCUCCUCUCCUCCCCUCUCUCCUCUCCCUCUCCAGGCUCCCUGGUCCAGGCAGCAUCACUGAGUCAGCCAUCCUCCAUGUCAGCCAGUGUGGGAGUGACCAUCAAAAUCACCUGCUCUGGGAGUAGCUACAGCAACUAUGCCUGGUUCCAGCAGAAGGUCCCUGGCAGUGCCCCUGUCACUGUGGUCUACUACAAUGACAAGAGACCCUCGGACAUCCCUUUGUGAUUCUCCAGAUCCACAUCCGGGACCACAGCCACGUUAACCAUCACCGGGGUCCAAGCCGAGGAUGAGGCUGUCUAUUUCUGUGGUGGCAGGGACAGCAGUGGUGCUGGUUCCCUGGUCCAGGCAGCAGCAGUUAUUCAGCCAUCCUGGAUGUCAGCAAACAUGCGAGCGAUUGUUGGGAUCACCUGCUCUGGGGCUAGCAGCGGCUGGCAUGGCUGGUACCAGCAGAAGGUCCCUGGCAGUGCCCCUGUUACUGUGAUCUACUACAAUGACAAGAGACCCUCGGACAUCCCUUCGCGAUUCUCCGGAUCCAGCUUUCGUUUCUCGAACACGUUAACCAUCACUGGGGUCCAAGCCGAGGAUGAGGCUGUCUAUUUCUGUGGUGGCUGGUACAGCAGCAGUGAUGCUGCUACAGUUGCACAGUGGUUUGUUGAUGUGAUACAAAAACCUACCACGGCAGAUUUCUGUGAGGAUUCCCUGCAUUCCAGUAUCAAGCAUCAGGAUAGAGCUGCCUGCCUUACUGAACCUCUUUUCCUGUCUCCUUCUCCCCUGGUCCAGGCAGUAUUGCUGAGUCAGCCAUCCUUGGUGUCAGCUAACCUCAGAGAAACCACAAAGAUCCGUCUCUCUGGGCUUAGCAGUAGCUAGACUUAUGCUGGCUGGUCCAGGCAAAGAGUACCUGGCAGUGCCUGUCACUAGAGCAACAUACCCUCGAGCAUCCAUUUGCAAUUUUCUUUGUCUGCCUUCACGGCCAAAGGAGCAGCAUGGAAAGGCAGAGGCAGGUCUGGGAAGGGUGGUGUGGAGAGGUCUGUGCAGAUGUGUGAGGCUGGCCAGGCUGGGCACUUGCCCUUGUGCUCCAAGGGCUUCAGGAUGCAGAGCCCUUCUGCUCCAUGUGGUGCUGCUGACAAGGGGGAGAGUCACUGGUGCUGAGGCAGUGCCUGCAUUGAGGCUGUUGUGGCACCUCAGCACUGGUGGGGGACCAUGGGCUUGGCUGGGGUGCUGCAGGUGCACAGCCCUGUGCAGAAGUCCCUGCAUGGGAAGGGAGUGGCUGGAAGAGCUGAUCUUUGCUAAGACUGAGGGGCCUUUGCCCACACACCUCAAUCCAGCUGAGCAUAGUCCUGUGGCUCCUGAGAUACACCAGCUUCUAAGAUACACCAUCUGUGCUUGCAGCAGGACCUGUUUUUCCCAACUAAGUGCCCAAGGGAGCAGGUGGCCUGGAGUUAUCUUGCUGCAUUGGUGGGCAAGAAAGAGAGGAAGAAGUGGGACAGAAGCUGUCAGGAGAUGUUGGGGGACACAUUUCUAUGGAGGGCCUGUGUCAGGUAGGCAGGCACAUAAGAGGAUGUUGGGUGCCACAGCACAGCCCCAUCAGUGUGACAUCAUGAAGCUGGUGGGAUCACACUGGAGCCUGGGCAGCUCCUCUCCUCGCAGUGCUCACCACAGCUCAGGUGCCAUGGCCAGACUUGCUGAGUCAGGAUGUGGCCUUUGGGCACAGGGACCCCAUCCUGCUGCCCAGGCAGGCCUGUGCUCCUGGGACACUGACUGACCCCUGUCUUCUCCCCUCUCUUCUCUUCCUCUCCAGGUUCCCUGGUCCAGGCAGCAGUGACUCAGCAGCCAUCCGAGAUGAAGGCCAAGGUGGGAGACACGGUCAGGAUCACCUGCUCUGGUAGCAGCUACAGCUAUGGC